CUAAAGUUAUAUCUAUUAACUGUGUUGUCAUUUUCAGUUUUUAAUUAAGUUUUCAAUUAAGUUAUUUUAAAAGCUAGCAUUUUUAUCUACUUUAUUUAAUAUACAUUCUAAAUUAGGAAUUAUCUUAGUCUGAGAAACAAUGUGCAGGAUUACAGUCUCUGCAAUCAAUAUAAUAUUUAUGAGUGCAUAUAAUGGGUAGCCUCCUUAUGUUUUCUAAAGUAGAGAUAAAAGAGAGACUUUGGUGAGUCUUUGAAUUUCUUUUUAAUUAGUCAAUAUUUCUAAUAUCAUAACUUUUUCUUUAUUCUAUAUCAUAUACCAUGUACAUAUAUAUUAUUCAUUUUUGAUUGAUUGUUCUUCACUAUCACAGAAACUCGGCUUAGCAACACUUCAAUUCACCAUAAUUUGUUUCACAUUUCAGAAAACCAGUGAAGCAUUAUUUGUGUAGGGGCCAUAUACGACUCAUCUAAAUCACUGUGAUUGAAUUUUCAGUUUUGGUUGUCAAUGUUUAAAUUCCUUUUUAUUUCUAGAUGAUUAGUGGGCUGAAAACAUUGGUCUUCUUAGUUUUAAUUGCAUGUGUGUUUUUUGGGCUUGGAUGUAAAGAGAAUCAUGACAUCAAAAGAGAAUUUUGUUUUUAGCCUACGGUUUUCUGGAUGUCAAUUCAUAGGUUAAUUCAUAGGUUAAUGAUGUCAUAAUCAUGCCGAAAAGCACUGUGUUUCAGCUCACACUAAUAAAUCUUGGCAUGGAGUUGGUGUUUGUGAUCUUGGCAUGAAACUUCUUAUUUUCUCGACAAGGUUGCCAUAAUGGCAGAAGAUAAAAAAAGUAGAAGAAUCAUUAGUUAAUCCAUGGAGACUUUGUAAUGUGCAACAAGAGGAAGAGCCCAAAUGUGUGUUUGCAGUCCCAAUUUGGGCAGCCGCAUCACUAUUCACUACUCCACAUUGCCGAGUCACAAAAACAACAACAUGCUGUGUUCCAAGCCCUACUAUCUGAACAUUCGCUUCAAAUUUCAAAUCUCAACCGCAGCAGAUACAAUCUUUUCAAUGCUAAGCCUCAAUCUCUUCAUCCAGCUCUACGUCCAAUUUAUCGCACCCUUUCUAAGGAGGGUAAUUCAUUCAAGUCCUUGCUGCGAGGAAUGAAAUCCCCGGAAGAACAGCUAAAGAAAAUUCUAUCACCUACGAUGUUGCUGUUACUGGGGUUCUCAAAUCCAAAUGGUCAGCAGAUUUAAAAGAUGUUUGCUGUGAUCUUGAGCUUGUAUUAGUUGCUAACCAUGUGAGGUAAUGAGGCUUUCAGUUAAUUCAUGCUUGGAAGGAUUUUACUCCCCAAUCUUACUAAAGCUUUUCUGGUAAGGGUAUUCUACCAUUUUUCUAUUUUUAUUUUUUGGCUAAACUUUUUAGCCAAUCUAGUUUGGGUCUAUUAUUGGUAGAGUAUUUUGUAGAGUUACUAUGAGCUUAAUUAGGAUUUAAUUAAUUUGGGCUCAAUUAGGUUUUCUCUUGGAAGGCUAUUUAUACCCUUGCCAGGGUUCAUUCUUGCUUAUCUUGAAAUAAAAUUGGAGUUUAGCCUUUUGGCUCUGGGCAACAGUAUUUUUAUUAUUGAUUAUAUGGGCAACUGUUUACCCCGUUGAUUUUUAUUUUUCUGUUCUCAACACCAAUCUGAUAUUUUUAUUGUUGAUUAUCUGGCUCUGGGCACUUAUUUUUAUACCACCAGUUCUGAUAAAAAACGAAAUUGGAAAGAAAGGGCUUUCUGAUACCAAUUUUCCUUUUAGAGUGAUCCCGAACUCCCAGAGCAACAUCACUAGAGAGAAAUAAGUAUUCCGUGGUCUCUUUUUGCUGGUAACAACUGGUUCAAAUUCCCGCUUUCUUUUUAAAACAGUCCAUCAGUUCCAGAUUUCCCUAAAACGACAACAUCCGAGGCUUAGUCCCAAAGCAGUUUGGGGUCGGCUUACAUGAAUCGGCAAACUCUUUUUGGACCAAGAAUGGAAUGGACGGUGAUGAGAACAUCCAGAGAUAACAAGAAAUAGUAAAAUUGCCUUUCAUGCCUGAUUUUUGUGUGUUUCUAGUAACGUAGCUAUUGAGGAAGCUACGGUAAUCUUGUGACCUUCCUUUCUUGCUUUUGUUUUCCAAAUAUCCACUGAAUCAUGUGCUCACAUUUCCUAAAGGCUAUUCAAUGUUGAGGCUGAAUCUUGUUCAGUGUUCACAAAUCUGUUUGGUACGGAAUUCAUUUUUAAAACUGAGAUAGGUUGUGCUUUCAUAUCAAUUACUCCCCUUCCUUCAAUGGUUCAAUGGCGAAAGGUACAAAUAUAGCCAUAUGCUAUAGGUGUGAGAAGUAUGUUGCACGGAAACGCGAAAAUCAUGAGGAAACGGGAAACGUCAACUUUUGCUCAAAAUACGCUUAUUUGGAGAGUUUCCAAAGAGUUUACUCGAGUUUCCAAAACGAGAAACAUACUCUUUCCCGAGAGUUUCCGUGCUAUGUAGGUGAGAACACAUACACCCGUGUUCUUUAUUUCGGAACAAAAAACUUAAAAUACUAAAACAUGGUUCUAAACUGCCCUUUUUUAACAUUUCGUUAGUAGUACUAGCAUAAUCUGUGGAGUCUAAAAGCAUUUAACUUAAAACCCACUUUUCUCGAUAAUGAGUGUGUUCUCUAUCGUCAUAGCAGGGAAGCAAGUCAUUUUGAAACAAGGGUGAAAUAAAUGAAGAAAAAGUGGUCACUUCAAUUAAUCCGCUUGAGAAACAAUUGGAAUCAAGUAUCAUGGUAUACUUUGAUUAAUUGUUAUGUAUUUUACCAAAGCAGCAUGUUUUAAAUCAGGACUAGUCAUAGAGUUACUGUAUUCAUACUUGCGAAUGGCUAUCGUGUACUCAUUAAUUUAUUUUCUGUUUGGGUGGUAUUUGUGUGCGUCGACAGAUUCUUCAAACUAGAGUUUGUACAUCAUGUAGUCUGGGUUUCACGUGAACUAAGGCAGCAAAGCUAAAGUGAUGAUGAAUUUUUCCAUUUAGUCACUUCUAUUACUACGAAGGAGAAGAGAAUCAUGAAGAGAAUUUCAGUGAAUUUUACCUUAGGAGAGGGUAAUAUAUGAUCUCAAAUUUGUACUAACGCAACAUUAGGAGAGGGUAAUAUAUGAUCUCAAAUUUAAGUUUCAACAGUUUUUUGUUCCCACAAAAAGAAGAGGCGUAUAUAUGUUCUCACCCCUAUAUUAUAAGUUAUAUCUAUUCCUUGUCCUUUUUUUCAAUAGAAGUCCAAUGUGUGGAUGCAUAAAGAAGUGAUCACUGUAUUAGUUAGGUUGCACUCCCUCUGUCCCAUAGAGACAGUUGCUUUACUGCAGUUUGCUCCUUCGAUCUGGAAAAUGUGUGGCCCUAUUUGUGAAAGCAUGACGCUAUCUUGGACAUUUUUUUUCUCUGGGUAAGGUUAUUCUUAUCUUUCUAUCACUUAAGCCGUAAUUUAACUUAUGGUGAAGCACCAAACACACUCCUUGUUUCCGUAGUUUCGUUUUAUGUUUGCUGGUCUUUCAUCUACACUCAUGGUUAAUGCAUUGAUGUCUUCUCUUAUUAAUUGAUGGAUUAUAAACCAGUGUUGUUAAUAUCGCGCUAUAGCAGCAUAGCCAAGUGGAGGAGGGGUUGGGCAUUACAAGACCACCUGUAGCGUUUGUCUCUAGCAGGAGUAGAGUCCGCUACAGCGGCUCCCUAUAGCGGAGUGAUCUUUGAAGUCGAGUCAAAUUUGUCUUAUGCAAAUUAAGCAUCAGGGAAUUGUGCAACACAAUACCUAUACAAAAUCUGCAAGAAUACACUUCUCUGAACAUGGUGAUACAUAUAUUUCAUCACAACCUACUCUCAUGAUGUAUCUUAGGUUUUGUGGGACAUUGUUAGAGAGUGGCGGCGCAUUUACAGGUUGGAACAAUUUUAUACUAUGAUGGCUUUUAAUUUAACCAUCUCUCUAUGAGUUUGUAAUUAAUCUGCAAGACCUACUACCCGUAAAAACUUACCUUGAUGAUCAAUCCGAUAAUGCAGCUAUUGCUUUAUGUUCUUUAGCUUUGAAGGGUGAGUUGUCUGUACCUGGUUUGUUGUCUUGUUCGUGUGAAUUCUGAAGGAAACUCGUGAAAAUAUAAUCAACAGAAACCAAAUCCAUUGCAUGAUCCGACGAAGCAGGUUGCUCAAUGUCAACUUGUAUUAAAACACCCGAAAUCGAAAGUGUGGUCUCACUAGAAUGAGGAUAAACCCUAUCCAAGGACAGAAACUCCAAGUCACAGUUCUUAUCCACAUUAUCCGAAAAAUCCUCCGUGGUAGCCUGUUCAAUUGCUUGUGGCGUCUGUCUGGUAUUAAUUUCUGCCAUCAGUGUAAUUGCUCGUGUAAUCCCCACCAGAAAUUGAUUAAUCCCUAAACUAUUUCGCCCUUCAGGAAUAAACAAAGAGUCACAUCCUUUCGCAAUAAUGCGUAUAAAACCUCCAAAGAAAUUAUCAUCAUAGAGUAUGCAAAGUGAAUCAUACAGCUCUAAUCUAUUGCCACACCAAUUAUCGGAAAUUAAUUUGGGAAUAGAGUGCUUCAACCAAAUUGCCCUUUCAAGAUCGAAAUCAAUUGCGGAUACAAUCCCUUGUUUUAUUUCAGAAAUGCGCAUAACAUUGCUAUCAAGAACAUUAAACCAAAAAGAGUUAGAUUCGAUCAAAACUCCAAACCAUCUAAAAAUUGAGAGUCAGCCGUGUGAUACCUAUGGAGAGUACCAGGUUUUACCGCAGCCCACCUGGAAACGAGUUCACUUGGAGCAUUCUCUCCACGACCUGGACGAUAUCUCUGGUCACAGGAGGCACUAAAUGGCGAGGCUUGUCUUUGUUUUCCUGCGAUGCAUGUCUGAAUCGAUAGGCUGUUCCAUUGACGCCGCUGGUCGCCGCUGAAAGAAUUCCAUUGACGCCGCUGAAGGAACACCAUCAUUCGGGCGAAGCAUCAUCAAAUCUGCUAUGGGCCCUCUCUGCUGCAGACCAUUUAGUGCGAGUCCUUCUCUGCCGUGAAUGAGGAGGCAUAGAAUAUUUCCGGCCAUUUGGCCAGAAGUUCCAAGGCUUUGGUCUCCUGCUCCGGCUGAAAUCUGAUGGUGACGUGCCCCAGACAAGCGGCAGUGCUCCCCUGAUGCUGUUCAUCCGCCCUGAUAUGGCUAGACCGCUGGGAUAAAAAACCCGCUUCGGUAAAGCUUUCCCCUUCUCCUAUGCAUGAUAUCUGGAAUUCCACAGAAAGAAGCAAACACAUACGAGGCAUUGGACAUUGUAGUGUUGUCUCGAGCUCUGAAUCUACCAGUUCAGAUACAAAUGAAUCUGCAAAGAAAGGGCUUUCUGAUCUUUAUACCAAUUUUCCUUUUAGAGUGACCCCAAACUCGCAGAGCAGCAUCACUAGAAAGAAAUGAGUGUUCCGUGGUCUCUUUUUGCCGGCAACAGAGACGGUUCGAGUUCUUGCUUUCUGUUUAGAACAGUCCAUCAGCAUUGGUGAAGUCAUAGCCAUCAGCAUUCGGUGCUCACAGUAGAAAUUUACAGAAACUCAGCAGGGAGAAGAGGCCGGAGAUAUUUAAAUCCGAAGAAGUGGAAAGAUAAAAUUAGCGUGGGAUCCUAUACUCCUGUCAGAUAUUCCGAGCAAGACUAAACAGUCCAACAGUAGAAAUAAGGGCAGAAUUGGAAGCCUAAACUUUUAUCCAAAGUUCUUAAUGUCUGUAUGAAAACGAGAAGCACCUCCUGUACUCACUUUGAAAGGAGUAGGUCAGGAUACUGACGCACAGCCAAAGGUUUCUAAUGGCGGUCUUCCUAAUCCGUGUGGUGCACUAUCUGGUGGACUCUGGGAGAUAACGAAGGAGAGAAUGCACAAGGCCUCCAUAUAUGGGGAACUGCCUGGACUGGGACUUGCGGUCGGUAAGUUCUACUUCUUUAAGGUCAUAUGUUUCUGUACACUGGAGUGCUUUAUGCGUCUCAGCUCAUUCAAUAUUAUCGUUUGGCUAAGGUAGCAUCUCACUCGUGCAAUACGCACUUGGUAAUUUUCAUUAAAAAUUACACCGAAGCUAUAGAGUGAAAAUUCUUCUGGCUUAUUUCUGUAGAAUAGAAUAAAAAGGUAAACAAUGAAGAAAUAUAUUCACUAUGCUUGCCAGUGUACAAAAACAACAUUCCGACUGUCAAAUUGAAAUCAUAAACUUCUUCGGAUGGGCAAAGCACCUCUAUACACCACUAAAAAAUUUACAUUACCAAUUCUGAACACACUUCUUUUCUUUUUUCAACCAUUCGUGAAUGAAUUGCUAUUGGCAUAAAGUUGGAUUUGAAAGUUUGUGAUUUGUAGCUUCGAAGAUACCAACAUAUUAAUUGGUCAUGAUUGAAGUUGGUUUUCUCAACGGAGAAAGGUACGCUAUUGGUGUGAAGAACACAUACACCCCUGUUAUAUUUUAUGGAACAAAAAACUUAAAAUAUUAAAACAUUUGUCUAAAACUGCCCUUUAUAACAUUUCAUUAGUAUUACUAACAUAAUCUGUGGAGUCAUGGCAGGGAAGCAUGUCAUUUUGAAACAAGGGUGAAAUAAAUGAAGAAAAAGUGAUCACUUAAAUUAAUCCGAUUGAGCAGCAGUUGGAAUCAUGGUUAUGUAUUUUACUAAACCAGUAUGUUUGAAAUCAGGACUAGUCAUUUGACCUCUAUUCAUACUUGCGAAUGGCUAUGAUGUACUCAUUAAUUUAUUUUUCCGUUUGGGUGAUAUUUGUGUGCGUUGACAGAUUCUUCAAACUAGAGUUUGUACAUCAUGUAGUCUGGGUUUCACGUGAACUAAGGCAGUAAAGCUAAAGUGAUGAUGAAUUUUUCCAUUUAGUCACUUCUAUUUCUACGAAGGAAAAGAGAAUCAUGAAGAGAAUUUCAGUGAAUUUUACCUUUGCUUUAAUGUCUUCCAACUAUACAAUGGGAGAUAUUUUGUACUAACGCAACAUUAGGCCAUUAGGGUAUAUCUGAUCUCAAAUUUAAAUUUUAACAGUUUUUGGUUCCCACAAAGAGAGGGAGGCGUAUAUAUGUUCUUACCCCUACAGUAUAAGGUAUAUUUAUUCCUUGUCCUUUUUUUUCAAUAGAAGCCCAAUGUGUGGAUGCAUAAAGAAGUGCUCACUGUAUUAGUUAGGUAGGUUGCACUCCUCUGCCCCAUAGAGACAGUUGCUUUACUUCAGUUUCCUGACUUUGCUCCUUCGACCUGGAAAAUAUGUUGCCCUAUUUGUGAAAGCAUGACGCUAUCCUGGACAUUUUUUUCUCUGGCAUUGUUAAUAGCGCGCUAUAGCAGCAUUGCAGAGUGGAGGAGGGGUUGGGCAUUACAAGACCACCUAUUUGUCUGUAGCGGGAGUAGCGGGAGUAGCGGGAGUAGCGUCUGCUAUAGCAGGCGCUAUUGCGGAGUGAUCUCUAAAGUCGAGGCAAAUUUGUCUUAUGCAAGUUAAGCAUCAGGUUUCGUACUUCAAGGGAAUUGUGCGACACAAUAACUUUACGAAAUCUAAGAUGUGUAAAGUUCCAAGAAUACACUUCUCUGAAGAUGGUUAUACAUAUAUUUUAUCACAACCUACUAUCAUGAUGUAUCUUAGGUUUGUGGGACAUUGUUAGAGGGUGGCGGUGCAUUUACAGCUUUGAAGGGUGAGUUGCCUGGUGCGUUGUCUUGAUUGCGCGAUUUCUGAAGGAAACUCGUGAAAAUAUCAUUAGUUCAAAUUCCCGUGUCCAUUUUUAUGGGUAUGGCCCAUUGUUCUUGUGAUGGGUUUGACGAUUCGGUGGUUUGUCGAAAGUGGAUAAAGGUUCAUGGUUAAUAGUUACUCUUUUCGCAACCUUUUUGUCACUUUGCUGUAGUGAGAUACCCUUAUAUCUCGCUGGAGAAGUUAAGCCACGUGCUUUACUUUUUGACUCGCUGUAUUGAGCCUUUUCCAAAGUUUUCCGGGUUCAGUCAUAUUAAAUUAGGAACGCCCUUUUUAAUGCUGCUAGCAGGUAACAUUUCUCCCCUUUUUGUUUUGAAACAGGCCAUUAUAUUGCAAAAAGUGAUGAUGACGGUAGUCUUGCAUGACAGUGUAUACAAUUUGGCCUUCAGUUGUGACUUGUGACUUGUGGUCUUGUAUGUCAGCAUGACAGUGAAUAUACAAAUAUAAUGUUUGUAAUAGCAUAUGUUUAGAUCUCUACCCCACUUUGUUUCCCAUCCCUAAGAACAUGAUUAGGUUUUCUCAUACAUGGAUCAUGCUCACAUGUAUGCGCCUUGUCCUUUUAGGUUCAUAAUAAUGCGUGGAUGACUUCUGUCUUGCUAUUUCCAUGUUUUAUAUAUGUGCUUAUUGACA